AUGUCUUACGCCGACGCAGCUGCAAAGGGCCCCAAGCAGUCCCCUGAGGAUGCCCGCGCUCCCCCUGUGGGCGGAGUCUAUCAUGAUGAAUCCGAGAGCACGGCCUCGUUGAUCGACGUCGAUGGGCCCCAUGUGCAGACUGUAGAGUCUGGCUUCCUCGAGAACGAUGUUCAAACCACCACCCAGGCAGAGCGGAUAGAGCGCGAAUCCGAGGAGAAGGAGAAGGAGAAGCGCGAGACCGAGGAAAAGAAGAAGAGGGCCAAGACUCAGAAGGUCAAGAGCAGUGGCAUCUGUGAAAACAGCUCCAACCCUGUAUUCAUCGCCAAUGCUGCUAUCGCAACUGUGGUCGGUGCAGGCCUCGGCUUCGGUGCCUACAAGCAACACGCGCGGGGCAACCUCUCCUGGGAGAUGGUCGGACUCUCUGCUGGUGCUGUUGGAAUCUUUGGUGCGGUGGACUACUUUGUCAGCAAGUGGUUCUUGCAGAACAAGUUCCCUCCCAAAUAG